CCCGGGGUUGAGGCUGAGCUGGUGGCCGCCUCACUUGAAGGGAAGUCGGAGAAGGGACCACGACACUCAGCGGAGACAUGUAAAGAUGGCGGAACUACAAAUGUUGCUCGACGAGGAGAUCCCGGCCGGCAAGAGAGCGCUUGUCGAGAGUUACCAGAACCUAACCCGAGUCGCGGACUACUGUGAAAGCAAUUAUGUGCAGGCCCAGGACAAGAGGAAAGCUCUGGAGGAGACCAAAGCUUACACCACGCAGUCGCUGGCCAGCGUGGCCUACCAGAUUAAUGCCUUAGCCAACAACGUGCUGCAGCUGCUGGACAUCCAGGCCUCGCAGCUGCGGCGCAUGGAGUCCUCCAUCAACCACAUCUCGCAGACAGUGGACAUCCACAAAGAGAAGGUGGCGCGACGGGAGAUUGGCAUCCUGACGACCAACAAGAACACGGCGAGGACCCACAAGAUCAUUGCGCCAGCCAACAUAGAACGCCCCGUGCGCUACAUCAGGAAGCCCAUCGACUACGCCGUACUGGACGACGUUGGACACGGAGUCAAGUGGAUGAAAGCCAAGCAGCACGGAAACAAUCAGUCAAUCCGAGCAGGAACCCUAUCGCGGACCAACCCGCCUACGCAGAAACCACCCAGCCCGCCCAUGUCGGGUCGCGGGACGCUUGGGCGCAACGCAUCCUACAAAACUUUGGAGCCAGUGAAGCCCCCGACGGUGCCCAACGAUUACAUGACCAGCCCGGCCCGCCUGGGCAACCAGCACGCCACGCAGCACAGCCCUGGACGCACGGCCUCACUCAGCCAGAGGCAGCGCACACACAGCGGCAGCAGCGGGGGCAGCAGCAGCCGGGAGAACAGCGGCAGCAGCAGUGGCAUCGGCAUUCCCAUCGCAGUACCUACACCCUCCAUUCCCAACUUGGGACCAGUCCCAUUCAUGACCUCGCCUCCGGGUGUGCCUCCUCCGCCUCCCCCUCCGAGCGGGUUCGGUCCACCACCACCGCCGCCACCACCUCCUCCACCCAUAGCGGUGGCCCCCGGGCCUGGCCUGGGUCCCGCCCCGAUGUCGCAGUUCGGCACCAUCUCGCGACAGAUUUCGCGGCACAACCCCGCCAACUCGUCCGUCUCCAUGGUGUCGGCCACCGGCACCUACCGUCGGGCCCCUUCCGUCACCUCACAGUUCUCCUUGCAGCAACAGCAGCAGCAAAUGCAGCAACAGCAGCCUCAUAUUAACGGGGGCACGCCCGCUUACAGCCACAACUCAAUGUGCGUGCCCCCCCCUCCUCCUCCCCCCAUGCCCCAGCUGACGCCACAGAUCCCCCUGACUGGCUUUGUGGCCAGGAUGCAGGAGAGCAUCUCCGACACCCCGACUCCGCCCCCGCCGCCACCCCCGGACGACCUGGCCAUGUUCGACGAGUCCCCACCGCCGCCACCCCCUCCCCCGGUGGACUACGAGGAGGAGGAUGCCUCAGUGGUGCAUUACAACGACCCCUAUGCCGACGGAGACCCCCAUUGGGCACCCAAAAACUACGUCGAAAAAGUGGUGGCCAUCUACGACUACAGCAAGGAUAAAGAUGACGAGCUGUCCUUCAUGGAGGGCGCCAUCAUCUAUGUGAUGAAGAAGAACGACGACGGCUGGUACGAGGGCGUCAGCGGCGGCGUCACCGGCCUCUUCCCCGGCAACUAUGUGGAAAGCAUCAUACACUAUGCUGACUGAAACGCGACCAAGCAAGAUGAGAAACUGUACAAGUAGUCUACGGUGAGCCCCCGCUUGCCAGGGAUACGUUCCAGACACACCCGCGAUCCAGAGAGGACCAGACACGGGCCACACCCAAAAAAAAAAGUGGUUAAAAGUCUGCGACUGUUCGGCUUGCACAAAUAAUGAGCUGCAAUUUAGUGGGAGGGGUCACUGCAUUGGGGCGUUUCUACGUGGGUGGACAGACAACAACAAUUGAAGGAUGUGGAAAGAUGGCCGGCUGCUCCAACAAGGAGCUUUGAUGGAGAUGUGUAAAAAAAAAAAAAAUCAGUCGGCGGCGUUCUCUCUAUGCUGUAAA